CCACUCAGCUGCAGGGAGAGAAAUGAGCUGUGUGAUCACCUGAUCCUCGUCACAGAAGGAUCCUUGGACAAUAGCAAUCUCCACAGCCGGCUCCUAAUGGAGCAGACUCGGCUGAAGAGGAAGGUGGACAUGCUGAGGCAGGAAAACAAGAAAGUGCAAGAGGAUUGGGCCCUGCUGCAGCACCAGUUGGUGGACAUGCAGCAGAUCUGUGAGGACCAAGAGGAGGAGACCUGCAACCUCCAGACCCAGGAACUAUACAAGGAGCGGGAGACUGGAGAAACCCUGCAGAACGCCAGGAAGCAGAAGCAGCCUUCCAGGACUGAGCGUGAAGGCUGCAGCAUCCACUUGAGGAGCUCCAGAUGAGGUCUGAAAAGCUGCUCCUUGAACUGGACCUGGCCAUAGCCCAUGAGGAGAGCCUCCUGCAGAAGGAGCUGCUGCACCAGGAGCCACCUGCUGAGCCCCAGGAAACACAGACUUUCUGGGAGGAAUAGUCCUCCUCAGAAUGGGUUUCCCUUGUGUGAACAGGCCCUGAUUCUAUCUAGCCAGUGAGCCAGCCAGGCUGCUUCUGGGUCUGAUUCCCUUUGCUUUUGUGACAACACCCCUUGAGAGAACUGGUGUCUCCUUUGCCACUAAGUGUUCAAGACCAGCCACAGGCUGUGGGUGUGUCCUGCUAAAUCUGCAGUAAGAGAAGGCUGCUGAGCAUCAUUUUCUGUGUGGGUUUUGGUUUUGGUUUUCUUUCUUUGUUGGUGUUUCUUGUUGGUUGUUUUGAUUUUGCCUUUCUUAUUUGGAUUUUACAUAUUCUUGUUAUUGUUUUAUGAAAUUUGGUUAGGCUACUCGCUUUUUAUAUUGACUACCCUUUUAAAGACUGUUUUGGGAAAAAAUGUGUUUUAUUAUGAUUAAAAUGAA